AUGGACGAACUCCAGUUCACCCCGUCCUCUCUGCUCAAGACCCGCGGGUUCCUGCACCUGGGCCAGAUCCUGACGGGUCUGCUGACCUUCAUCGUGAGCGGGCUCUGGCCCCAGCCUCUACACACCUACUGGGUCUACUACAUGAUCAUCUGGCUGCUCUGUCCGCUCAUCACGCUGGUCAUCACCGUCGUCGAGCUCUUCCUCAUCCACAUCUUCAUCCUCCCCUUCUGCAUGGACUGGGACGACUUCACCACCGGGAUGGCCAUGAUGUGCGCCCUCACCACCUUCGCCUGCACCGUCUCAUUCGCCGUCUUCUACGUCUGCCUGACGUGCGUGUGGGGCUUGGUCGUCUCCGUGCUGUCAGCGCUGUGCUGUUUGCUUUACUGCGUGGAGGCCGUCAGGGACAAAAUGAACCCCACACGUUCCGCCAGCUACGUGGCGGCCCCGCCGGGCUUCCUGAAGAUCCUCGAAGCCUUCGUCAGCUGCAUCAUCUUCGUCUCCCUCACGGGCUAUGUGAACAAGCCGGCGCUCCAGUGGUGCAUCGUGGCGUACGUCAUUCCGUUUCCCAUCAUCCCCGUCAUCAUCGUCACCAACAUCAUGAAGAAGCUGAAGAACUGUCUGCCGUUCAGCGUCGACCGAUUCGUGGUCAUCUUCCUCAUCAUUUCCGUGGCUCUCUACACCUCGGCCGCCAUCCUGUGGCCCGCGUUCAGUUUCCAUGGUAACCCAAGGCCCCUGGACUGCCCAGGUAAAACCUGCAUCUGGAACAUCCAGUUCAUAGUGGCUUUCAUGACCUACGUUAAUCUCAUCUUCUUUAUUGUGGACCUGGUGUGCACAUUACUGGGAAUAUGUGGCUUUAAAAGACCCUGA